CGAUCCAGAUCAAGAAAACAACUCCGCAAUCCUCCGCCAAGAUGCAGAUCUUCGUGAAAACUCUGACCGGCAAGACCAUCACCCUCGAGGUUGAGUCGUCUGACACCAUCGACAAUGUCAAGGCGAAGAUCCAAGACAAGGAGGGCAUCCCACCGGACCAGCAGCGCCUUAUCUUUGCUGGCAAGCAGCUCGAGGAUGGCCGCACCCUUGCAGAUUACAACAUCCAGAAGGAGUCCACACUCCACCUGGUGCUCCGCCUUCGUGGUGGCCAGUGAUUUUCUUUGGAAUUUAGGUUCACAAGUCUGCUGUGCCUUUUGGCUUCACUCUGAAGCUAUUGCCUACUAUUAAUUUGGUUAU